AUGAGUAAAACUAAGAAAAGUGUUGGAGAAUUUAUUGGGACAGCAUUAAUUUCUUUCAUUGCUACAAAUGCUGAUGAUCUUGUUAUUUUAAUGAAUUUUUUUACAGAAGCAGCAAUAUCAAAUUCAUUACUUAAAGUUCGUCAUGUUUUUAUUGGUCAAUAUUUGGGGUUUUUUAUAAUAUUAGGAAUUAGUCUUAUUGGUUAUGGUGUAUCAUAUGCAAUACCUAUUCAAAUGCUUGGAUUUCUUGGAUUUUUUCCUAUUAUUCUUGGUAUAAAAGGUAUUGUUGAAAUAAUAAUUAAUCUAUGUAUAAAAUUUUUUUUAAAUGUAAAUGAUAUUAUUCCAAAUGAUGAUAUUUCAACAAUUGAACUUGAAACAAUUCGUUAUCGAAAUGGUUCUACUGGAGAAAUUAUUUCUGAAAUAACAAUUCAACAACCAGAAAAUACAAAUACUGAUUCUCCUUCAACCAUUCAAUUCAAACAAAAAAUUAUUAAAAUUCUCAGUUAUUGUUUUAAUCUUCAAACAUUAAAAAUUGCAAGUAUAACAAUAGCAAAUAGUAGUGAUAAUGUAGCUAUUUAUACACCAUUAUUUGCUCAAGCAUCGAAAUGGCAAAUCGGUACUUAUAUUGGAAUAUUUCUUGUUAUGGUUUUUGUUUGGCUUAUAUUUUCUUAUUAUUUUAUUAAUUUUCGUCCGAUUUUAUCAAUUGCACAGAAAUAUGCUCAAUAUAUUGUUCCAGUUGUAUUUAUUGGAAUUGGAAUUUAUAUUAUUAUUACAUCAGAUUGUUUUCAAUGGCUAGAACGAGCUAUUAAAACGAAAAAUUUCAAAAAUGGUUGA